CACACACUGCUAUUAGCGUUAGGAGUGUUAUAACUAAAUGCUCACAUGCCAUGAACCUGUCAGGUAAUCUGAUGAAUAAUAGUUCAAAUGAAGAACUGGAAGUAUUGUUUCACAUGCCAACACAGAGUAACCUAUAUACUAUGGUUGCUACCACUGUGUUAUUGACAGUGAUAGCCGUCGUUGGUAUUAUUGGAAAUAGUCUAGUUAUUUGGGCUUUUCGGUGUGAAGUAACUCAAGGAAUCGUCUCAAGCUUACUGAUUUUAGUGCUUGCUUUCUUGGAUCUAACCAUAUGUUUGGUCGGUGUGCCUUCAACUAUGUACCUGGACAUUUGGAUCGGAGAUACCACUGAUUGGAUUUGUCGGGCACACAUGGCAUUCAAAGGAUUUGUUGUUCCUGUAUCCGCCUGCCUGCUCGUGUUGAUUGCGCUGGAACGAUUUCUAUUAAUUUGCUUUAUUCCUGGAGUAAAGCUGAAAAAAUCACAUCUUUACAUCGCCUUCACUUUUAUCCUAUUGGUCGGUGUAAUCUUAUCGGCUCCGAUGGCUCUACACAGCAAAGCCGUUCGGAUGGCUAAAGAACGAGAUGAAUUGUUGGACUUGUACAUCAGCCUGAGUGUGACAAAUCUGUUACAACGACUGAAAACGGAGAAACAUAUUCCAAAGAGGUGCGGGAAGGAUGAUUAUCACAUCAAUGAUAAAACAUACUGGUAUUAUCAGAUUUUAGUUAUGAUUUUAUUCGCGUCACUAUUUGCAUUACUACUAUUCCUCUAUGGAACUACAUUUCUGUUUGUCUGGCGCCAUGAAUCUCUAAUGUUUGAGCGAUACGGAAAGUCUAAAUAUCGUGGAUAUUGGAUAAGAAUCUAUGCAAGCAACCCGUCGUCAAAGAAAAGCAAUCGUGAGGAAGGAAAGCCGACUGAGGUUUCAAUGUGUGCUAGCCAGCGACCGAUAGAGAAAAUGAACGGAAUCCAAACGGAACCCAAUGGGUUUCGUUGUGCAUGCUGUUCUGGAUCUGACAGAAACGACGUCAGUUUUGGAAGCCAAAUUAGCAUCCCUAGACCAGUGACUGGACAAACCGAAAUCCAGGAAACGACACAACGAAAACCUUGGGAAAACUCACCGCUUAUAAGUUUUAGUCAAACAAAAUCGGGUGAGUCAUACAAAACGGAACACUCUGAUGAAUUGAUCGUGUGCUCUUACUGUUGUUGUUCUAAAAUACGAGUGCCACGUGAUUCGAGUCCCGCAUCAGCGUUUAACCACACUAAGCUGGUACCUUUGCAAAGCAUAGAAAAUGUACCGGACGCCCGUUUUCCUCAAAAUACCGAUUACAAAACGCGUGCCACAUGGGCUGUACAAACAAUGGAACACAGAAGACGCCCGUAUGUUCGCACAGCCCAAACUUUCGCUGUCAUUGCCGCUGCGUUUAUGCUUUCUUAUACACCUUAUAUGGUAUACACCAGUAUCCCCAUCUCAAAACGUAACAUUCCGACGUUUAUAGAAAAGGAAAAGUGGUACGUAGAAGUCGGCCAUGUGUUGUUCUUUCUGUAUUUCACCAAUUCAGCGGCAAAUCCUAUAAUAUACUCAUGCAUGAAUAGGCAUUUUCGUUCCCGGAUGACGAUCUUGCGCACAAUUAUUUGCCGUUUGCUGAAUAUUAAACAAAACAAAGCGACGCAGUCUAAGAAACUGGGGUCAAGUAAACAAAUUAUCGUUGAAUUGCAGACUGUCACCAAAGGGAAAAUGUCAACAACCGUUCGUAGACAUACUGAAAAUGAAGCAACUCUGGCUGCAGCAGAACAGCUCAAGGCGGAGGAAGGAAAAGAAACACAAUCCUAAUGCGCACAUCAGCAAUGUUGAAGAAAAAGUAACUACUAACCGGCAAGUACUAUGUUAUGAAAGCAAAAUGCGAUUUAAAAACGGACUAAAUUUCAUGGUGCAUCUUAUCUGUUCAGUAAAGUGCCCUCUGAUGUUGCAUUUAUAAUCGUGUCAUAUGAAGGUACUUGAGCACUGUAAUUACAUUUCUGGCACAAUUAAGAAAUUAUUCAUUGUAAUA